UUCUAAUAUCUCAUUCUUUAAUUUCAGGGUCAUCAUGUUAUUAUCUCGGACUUCUAAUAUGAAGAACCCAAGACAUGACAGUAAUGAAGUUAAGGCGAAGUCUGUUGAGAAUGAAAGAGAACCCAGAAUGAGAGCAUCUCGUAAGUCAAAGAUGGAAAUGCCAGAAGUAGGUAAUUGCGAUCAAAGAAAAAAACACAAAGGCAAGAGUCACAGUGACAUUUCAAAGGAAUCGAAUCAUGAUGGCAGGACCAGGGCUGUUGAGGAAAAGGUUUCUUAUCAUAGAAGAAGCUCAAGAAACAGAGAAGCUUCAGAGCGAGCCAAAGUUUCCAAGAAGAGUGAACAAGGCUCAGAAAGGCAAAGAGAAGCAACCAAAACGAAAAAGUCUGAAGUGAUGCCAGAGAAAACAGAUGAUGAAGAUUGUAACUUUGAUUUUUCUGUAAUAGAAAGCAAAAUUUUUGAAGGUUUUGCUGUUCCAGAAAACAAGAAAUCCAGAGUUAAGGAUAACAGAAGAGGAAGGACUGACAACAAAUUAUGUGAUGAAACUUAUACAAAAGGAAAAAGUUCUGUAACAAAUAAGAGCAAGGAAAGAAAAAAAUCACUAGGAAGCAAUGAAGUACCUUCAAAGAGCCCCUCCAAAGGCAAUAAAAAAGACAAUGCUAGUCAGCAAAAGUCCCCAAAACCAAGCUCUUCCAAAAAAAAAGCUGAACGUCCCAUUGAACACAGAAGUCCAGGUGAUAAGGGCAAAUCCAAUAAAGUCAGAUCCUCGCAAAAGAAGUCUGCUAAAGUAGACUCAGACUCUGAUAUGAGUGACUGGGAAGAGGUGGGAGAAAGGGAUGAAGUAGCUGAAAUGGAAGAGCUCUUGUCAGGAUCACAACCAGGUGCCACAUCAGGAGGAAAUGUUCAGAUAGAGCUGGAUGCACCGAAUGUCCUCUGGGGCAUUAAGAAGAGGAAAAGGAGAACUGAGGAGGAAAUGAUUGAGGAUUACUUGCGGAAGAGUGUAAAUCGUUCUAUAAAAGAAGUUUACGAGCAUAUGCACAAGACUCAUUUGCUUUGCCUCUUUGCACAUGGUAGAUAUGUCAACCAAACUCUGAACUCUGAGACUUUAUUAGGAGCUGCUCUCUCCAUUAUUACUGAUAAAAAUGCUUAUCCACCAAAGCGAUUAGAUAUGAAUUAUUUGGAAAAAUUUGUGAGAUGGUUUUCCAAAAAAAUGGUAUAUAAACCCAGUAAAUUGGAGGAAGAUUAUUGGGAUACACCUUUAGAGAUGAUGUUGGCUAAGAGGUUUGAGAGUAAAAUUGCUAUAUGUAACAGAGAGCUUGUUUACAUGUUUGUUGUGGUUUGCCGUUGUUUAGGUAUGAACAUUCGCCUUGUUCUGUCACUGCAACCCAUGUCAUGGAAGCCAUCAGCUGAUGCAUUAAUUAGACCUUCCAAGAAAGGAGAAGUAAGUAACGCUUUUGAAGAACCCUCUACAUCACAGACAUUAGUGCCAGAUAUAAAAGAAAGUGAAGAAAAGGUGAACAAAAAAGAAAAGCAACCAAAUAAGAAAAUGUUAUCCUCAGAUACGGAUGAAGAGCCAAUAAACAAAAAGAAGAACAAAAAGUCUACUGAGCCAAAGGGUCAGGUGCUUUCGAAACCACAAAAGAGAAAGUCUAAGACUUGUGCUGAUGAUGACGAUAGUGAUUUUGAUCCUGAGGAGAAAAAAAUUAAGAAAGGGCCCAAAGCAUCUACUUCACACAGGAGAAAAAGUGGGGAAAAGAGGUCUUCAGAUGGGGACAGUGAUGAGAAAGAUAAGAAGAAAAAGAAAACAGGGAAAGAGGACAAAGAUGGAAAGAAAAGAAAAUCAGAAGGAUUGCUAGAAUGGGCAGAAGUAUAUGUUGAAGAAGAAGAGAAGUGGAUUUGUGUGGACAUUGCAAGGGGAAAAAUUCACUGUGUUGCAGAAGUUCAGGUACGCAUGCCGUCAUCAUCAGCUUACAUCACAGCUUAUAAUGCCAAUCUGACUGUUAAGGAUGUAACAAGACGCUAUGUUUCAAACUGGCUUUACAGUGAAAAGAAGGUGGGUUGAAAUAUUUAGAAUAUCACACUUAU